AUGAAAGAAAAACAAGAUCCACCCCUCAAGGUCAUAUUACUAUAUACUUUUAUACUAUAUUCUCAAUCUGAACCAAAUGACGAACUUCAAAAACGAAAAUCAAAUGAAAAUCUAACUAGUUUUGGUGCAAAAUUCGCCAACUGGUGA